AUGACAGAAGGUGGUUCUCCACCCACUCCCUUUAUUAACUGCAGAUGUCUCUUUCUCCCAUACAAACCAGGGCUGCUAGUUUUAAAAUCCAGUUUUCAAUUAAGAUGCUUGGUAAAGCAGCUGGAGAAGGGUGACAUUAAUGUGGUGGAUUUAAAAAAGAAUAUUGAAUAUGCAGCAUCUGUGCUGGAGGCAGUUUAUAUUGAUGAAACCAGGAAGCUUUUGGACACUGAGGAUGAGCUCUCUGACAUCCAGUCGGAUUCGGUCCCGCUGGAAGUGCGGGACUGGUUAGCUUCUACAUUCACAAGGAAAAUGGGAAUAGUGAAGAGAAGACCUGAAGAAAAGCCCAAAUUCCGAAGCAUUGUGCACGCUGUACAGGCUGGGAUUUUUGUAGAAAGGAUGUACCGAAGAACUUCCAGCAUGGUUGGUUUGGCUUACCCAGCAGGAGUGUUAGAAACAUUUAAGGAUGUUGAUAAAUGGUCUUUUGACGUAUUUGCCCUAAAUGAAGCAAGUGGAGAGCACAGCCUGAAAUUUAUGAUGUAUGAGCUGUUCACCCGAUAUGACCUUUUGAGCCGUUUCAAGAUUCCUGUUCCCAAUCUUAUUUCAUUUGCUGAGGCUCUUGAAGUUGGUUACAGCAAAUACAAAAAUCCAUAUCACAAUCUGAUCCAUGCAGCUGAUGUUACUCAAACUGUGCAUUACAUAAUGAUUCACACUGGUAUCAUGCACUGGCUCACAGAACUGGAAAUUUUAGCAAUGAUCUUUGCAGCUGCUGUCCAUGAUUAUGAACAUACUGGGACCACAAACAAUUUUCAUAUUCAGACAAGGUCAGAUCUUGCAAUAUUUUACAAUGAUCGUUCUGUUCUUGAAAAUCAUCACGUAAGUGCUGCUUAUAGACUCAUGCAAGAAGAAGAGAUGAACAUCCUGGCAAAUUUAACCAAAGAUGACUGGAGGGAGUUGCGUAGCUUGGUCAUUGAGAUGGUCUUGUCUACAGAUAUGUCGUGUCAUGUUCAACAAAUUCAAACGAUGAGGCGUACUCUACAGCAGACAGAAGGGGUAGACAAAGCCAAAGCCAUGUCUUUGAUUCUACAUGCAGCAGACAUAAGCCAUCCAGCAAAAUCCUGGGAACUGCACUACCGGUGGACCAUGGCCCUGAUGGAAGAAUUUUUUCGACAGGGAGACAAGGAGGCUGCUUUAGGUCUUCAGUUUUCCCCACUCUGUGACCGCAAGUCUACUUUGGUAGCUCAGUCCCAAAUAGGUUUUAUUGAUUUCAUAGUAGAACCAACAUUUUCUCUUCUUACGGAUUCAAUGGAGAAAAUUGUUAUGCCUCUUAUAGAGGAAGCAUCAAAAUCUGAAAGUCCUGGAUUUGGGACACCCAGUCAAAAUAGUUUGGGAGCAGUAAGCAAUGCUGAAGCACAAAGACGACCUGGUUUUAGAAGUACAAGUGAUGGAGGGAGUCACACAGAAAAUUCUCUAGCAACUGUAGACCUAAGGAGCUUUAAGGACAACUUGAUGAAGAUCAUUCAAGCAAACAAAGAAAGAUGGAAAGAAUUAGCAGUAGAAG